AGAAAGGUUACUCGGUCCAAGGCGGAUCUUGUCGAGACAGUAGCAUUUUAGCUUUCACUAAGAGCAGUUCAUAAUUAUUGAUUAAGAAUUAAGAAUAAUUUAAUAUACUAUAACAAAUGGCGACUGCAACAAGCGGUAGUGCACUUCAUUUGGAGGCCAUCGAUCGUCUGGGCUCUAUACCAUUGGUAGAGACAAGUCUGAAGCGAGUGGAAAAUAUUUAUGGAAAGGUGAAAAACAAUAAUCGCCUCUUCUCCUGGUACUUUGAUACGGCGGAGGCCACAGUAGCCGCUGCCUAUGACAGCCUUCAGCCGGCAGUGAAACUCUUUGAGCAUCCCUUGAAGCGUUUGGACAAUGUAAUGUGCAAGAGUCUGGAUAUCCUGGAGCAACACAUACCCUUGGUAUAUUUGCCUCCAGAAAUGAUGUAUUGGAAUACCAAGGAAUAUAUGUCCGAUCAUCUUGUGCGUCCUGUACUUAAACGUGCCGAUUCUGUAAAACUAAUUGGUAAUGCUGUACUCGAAUCUCCUCUAACCACCUAUGCUGCGGAUCGUAUUGAUGGAGCUUUUACGGCUGGUGAUAAAUUCGUUGACAAAUAUCUUGUGCCCAUACGCACGGAUCAGGAUCAGACAGAUGAAAGAAGUCACGAGAUAAGAGGCUGUUCGGCUUAUGUCACGUCGAAGUAUAUAUACCCUAGCAAAGAACAGAGCCUAGUCCUAGCUACACAAAGCAAAGAACUUAUUUUGCGUACUGUGACGGCUUUAAUAAACGCAUCCCCUCAAGAUGAUGAUAAUGAGGCUGCUGCAGGCGCUGCGCUAAACGAGAAGGGGGCCAUCAAAGCAAUUCAUCACGGUCAACGCUUCUCCCGUAAGCUAAGGCGACGUCUCACACAAAGAACCCUGGCCGAAGCUAGGGCUUUGAAGAAACAGAGCAAAGAGGCCAUCCAUGUGCUUAUCUAUGCAGCAGAAUUGAUUGCCACGGAUCCAAAACAGGCCAUGCAAAGGGCCAAGGAACUGUGGGGAUAUCUGAGUGCCGAUGAGCCGGAGAAUCAGGCAAGACCAGUGACUUUGGAGCAAUUGUUAGUACUGCUGACACGUGAAUCCGCCAGAAGAGUUGUACAUUUUGUUAAUUUCAGUGCCAGUGUUGCAUCUAAUUUGCCUAGAAAUCUGGCCCACACAACCACAGAGGUUGUCCAUCAUAUAAUCUACAUUAAUAAUCGUUUAAUAACCAUAACACGACUGGAUAAGGUCAAAGAUUUGUCCAAGGAGGAAGCCGAAUCUCUUCUUAAGCGUAUGCUGGCCUUCUAUGGCAAUCUUCAGGUUCUAACCAAUAGCUAUUUGGAACGGGUGGCAAGUUUCCUAUCCGGCCGCAUCGAGGCAGAAAAGGUGACUGGCACCGAUAGCAAUAGCAGUAGUGUUAAUGCCAUUAACCGAUCCUCCCGAAGACGUCAACAGCAGGAACAUGCGGCAAAUCAUUUUGCAGCUGCCCAUAAUAAUAUAAAUGGCGUAUACUAGGAAAUCGAGUUCUUUAUAGCUAUCGUAUUUUUAUUUGUAAUCAUAGAGUUUUGUUUCUGCUUACAUAUUCGAACUAAUUAAAGCAAAAACACAAUUAUAUAUAUACAACUUUAUCUAACAAA